UCUUGCUUUGAUGCAACGUUUCGACGUUUGUGCUUCCGACAGCGGGACAGACCAAGUAGUUUCUAGCCUUUUAUUUCAGCACUUUAAACCGCCGGCUUCGCCUGUACAGCUGUCACAUUAUUCUGCGACACAGUAGCGGACUUUAUCUGUAUCACAUUCACCUUUAAUCAUGCCUCGGGGCGGGAAAAGGGGCCACAAGGGCAGAGGGAAGCAAUUCAGCAACCCAGAGGAGAUUGACCGACAGAUGAAAGCGCAGAAAGAGUUUGAAGAAAGUCCUGGUGCAGAGAAGGGGAGCUCUGCAGAGUCUGAUGAAGAGAGCAGCAGCGAUGAUGAAUCUGACUCCAGAAAGAGGAGUGGAGUGGAGGGGCUUAUAGAGAUUGAGAAUCCUAACCGCGUGUCUCAGAAAAGCAAGAAGGUGGCUGAGCUCGACGUCACGGCUCCCAGAGAGCUGUCUCGCAGGGAAAGAGAGGAGAUCGAGAAGCAGAAAUCAAAGGAACGCUACAUGAAGCUCCACCUGGAGGGGAAGACUGAGCAGGCCAGGGCUGACCUGGCCCGGCUGGCCAUCAUCAAGAAACAGAGGGAGGACGCCGCAAAGAAGAGAGACGAACUCAGGAAAGCGGAGAAAGAGGCCGAGGAAGCCAAAUCAAAGCGCUAGUCCUCCACACGAAAGCUUCAACAUGCACUUCAGUCUCAGAGGGAUGGAGAGAGAGAGAAGGAGACCUGGAGGAGGAGAACGGGGAGGGGGACCAAUACGAACGGCAUCAGAUCAGGGGCGCUCCUGAACUCCUGCCCUUCAUUUCAAAUCAGAGGGGCGUGGAUCUUCCAUCACAGCGAGGUCAGGACUGGAAUCAAAAAAUGCGCGGAUCAAAGCGAGCUGAAGAGGAAUGCAACAUUUGGGAUGCCUCUAGUUUUCUUCCCCGAGAGGAGACGAUGGCGGGUUUUCCAAGUGCUCCACUGUCUCUUUACUCUUCCCCACCUGGCAGGGUUUUAAUUCUGAAGCUGCUGAAGUUCUUUCCAUUCCUUUCGAUUCAUACACUUUUACAAGGUCACCUAAUACAAGUUUACUUAAUGACUGGACAGGUAUUACAGUGAGCAUGCAUGGGGAUAUCUUUGGUGCUUUACUUUUCCUUCCAUCUCGCCUGUUUUUGUAAGAAAUUAAAUCGGUGACCGAUGGGGGAAAAAGAACACUAUUCAGAGGAUAAAUUGAUAUAUAGGAAUUAUACAAUGUAGUCUUAGCAUUUGUGGAUAUAUUGCACAAGACAUUGGUAUAAUUUUCUAAAGAUUUAAUGGGUUUUUUUCUCCAUCAUCCAAACAUGACAAAUAUUAUUUCCUCACCAGCUUUUUUUUUUUGAUCCCGUUUUUUUUUUAAAUUGGAAAUUCACAUAUUGAAGAAUUAGCUGCAGUAGAACUGAUUUAGUUAAUUUUUUUUUCUUUUUCAUGCAUCUUUGCCCCAAAACGUACACUUUGCUCGCUUGAAUCAUCUUAUUGCUGUCAGUUCAAAAGUGUUUCAGGAUGUGUUUUGUAAUCCUUUGCUCAAAAGCACCUGGAAUAUUACUUGAAUUGCCCAUAAUAAGCAUUUUUAAGUUGUCGAACACCAGUGCUGGAAGGCUUCGUGUCAAACCACCUCAGUAACUGUGGCCUCACUCUGUUUCUGAUGGGCUCCUCUGUGGUUCUAUAGGAGGGAUUGUGUCUUUUGUUGCCUUUACAAAGUUUACACAAGACCAGUUCACUGUCUUUCUCCUGUAAUUAAAGUCCUACAAAGAACCUACACUGAGUUAGUUUAUUAGGGUACACUUAGAAUCUGAUAUAAACCUUUUACAUCACCAUUAAUAACCACAGACGGCGUAAACAUGAUAAACUUCACAGACGCUUUACUGCAGGGAGGUUGUAUUGUUUUGACUGCACAGGUGUAUGUGAUAAACUCAGUAUGUGGGGGAUUUGAAAAUGCCUUGAUCAGGAAACACAGUACUCCCUAUAGCAUGGCCAUAGCUUCAAGAACAAACAGUUGAAACCACAACGUAUGAGAAAUGUAGCCACAGCCUAAAAAAAAAGAAUUCCUCAAGUUAUCCAUCGUGUAUUUGAAGUCAUUUUUAAAAAAUAAAUUCAUUAAUAGAUAAA